AAGAAGACUCGUAGAAGAAAGAAUAAAGACUCGGAGAUCAAUUCGGACUCUAGAAUCGGCAAGAUUUAUCUCAAAAUAGAUUGCAGUAAAUUGCUUUGAAACUCAAUUAUGAGACUGUAAUGAGGGUAGUCUGAUAUAAAAGGACGGGGAAUAUUGGUUGAUGCAUCAGUCUUCGUCUCUUACAUCUUCAAGUCGUCUUGAUUUUUAUAUCAAAGGCUCAGAAAAUGCGUUUCAUCUUAGCGCUGUUCUUCGCCGCGGUAAUCUUUUGCAUCCAGAAUGCUGGGGCCACGUACAGGAAACCGCCUUUCAAUGGGUCCAUAUUUGGAAAACGCGGAGUCGUUGAAUAUGACUCAACAGGCCGAGCAUUGUCGGCGUUGUGCGAGAUUGCUACUGAAACCUGUCAGGCGUGGUACCAAACUCUGGAAAACAAGUGAAUGGAAGGAAACAGACGUCAUAAUUAUGUAUUGUUAAUGUGAUUAAAUACGUAUAAUGUAUAAAUCAAUGUAUUAUAAAACAUGUAAUCAUAAAUAAAUCAUUAUUCAUUAAGAAUCAUAGAUUUUUCUUUUUUCUAAUCUAGGUAUUCGUAACAAAAUAUCUACUUAUCUACUUCUUUUUGAUCGAUUUUUGGUUGAUUAU